AUGAAUCAAACAGAAAACGAAUCAUCACAAUCUUCUGAACCAGAACUUUAUCGUCGCAUUAAAUUAUAUUUAUUUGCAUCAAUAGAAAUUCCAUCAAUAUUAAUAUCAAUUUAUAUUAUAUAUAAAUUUGUAACUAAUCGUCACUUUCGUUCUCAUAUAAAUAAUCAUUCAAUAAUAGGAUUAAUAAUAAUAUCAUUUUUAAAUACAACAUCCGAAUUACCAAUAACACUUGAAUUUCUUCGUGUUGGUUAUGUUAAACCAAAUUCAAAUAGUUUUUGUUUAUUUUGGAUUUGGUAUAAUUUUUCUCUUCAAUCAACAAAUUUAUUUUUAAUGACAUGGACUUCUUUUCAACGACAUAUUUUAAUAUUUCAUUCAAAUUGGAUUCAAACAAAUAUUGGAAAAAUAAAAUGGAAUUAUAUACCAUUAUUUAUUUCUAUUGCAUAUAUUCCUAGUUUUUAUUUUAUAUGUAUUGUUAUUUAUCCGUGUGAAAAUUUUUUUGAUUAUACAUCACUUCUUUGUGGUCCCAUUUGUUAUAAUAGUAUUACUUGGUUAUCAACUUUUGAUUGGAUUACAAAUAUUUUAUUUCCAUCAUUAUUAAUACCAUUAGCGAGUAUUGCUUUAUUAUUCAGAGUUUUAAUUCGAACUAAGAAAAUGAAACGAACAGUAAAUUGGCGAUCAACAAGAAAAUUAACACUGCAAUUAAUGUCUAUUUCAAUACUUUAUUUAUUAUUUUGGUUUCCAUUGGCAUUGGUAUCAUUAAUUCGUAUUUAUUUUAUUCCAACAUUUAUUGAUGAAAUAACUUAUUAUUAUUUAUAUUAUACACCAUAUCUUGUUCAACUUCUAAUCCCAUUUGUCUGUAUUGCUUGUUUAUCUGAAAUAUGGCCAAAGAAAACUCGUGUUAUUAAUGCAUCAAUAAUGACACAAAAUCGUGUUUAA